AUGAAUUACGUUAAAGGUCUCUUCGGGAAGAAGCAGACCGCUUCGGAGGAAACAAACGACAAUGAAAGUGCUGCUUCUGAAGAGGAAGUAGAACAACCACAACAAAAGAAAGUUAAGAAUUUUCCACCAUGUUAUCCUAUAGUUUAUCACAGUAUUUCUGCUUGUGGUAGAAAAAAGUAUUUAGCCUUGAUGGGAUUGGGAGAAUAUAUUGCUUUUAUUAUUAUUGCAAUUUUGAACAUUGUCGGAUUGAUCAUUGCUCUUGUCACUAGUAGAGUUUAUGAUUAUAUUGGAGGAGUUGCUCUUGGUGGAUGUUAUAUUAUCUUUUAUCCAGUUAUUGCAUUCUUUGCUCAAUAUUGGUUGACAUAUGGUGCUUGUGCACACAAGAACUCUGCCAGAUAUGUUUUGGCAUUCAUUUCAUAUUUGGUUGGUAUUAUCUUUUCAUUAUUCAUGGCUAUUGGAGUUCCAUCAAUGGGAGCUUGUGGAUUGGUUGGAGCUUUGCAAUUAAUCACUAAAUCUGAUGGUACAUUUGCCAUGAUUUAUAGCUUUAUUAUGGCUGCUGUUUGGGCAUUCAAUGUAGUUUAUCAAGUUAUCAUUGUUCUCUUAUUAUAUAGACAUUUCAAUGAAGAAGGAAGCUCACUUGGUCGUGCCAAGGACCAGAUCAUGGCAUUCUUUGUUAAGAGAUCUCUCACAAGUACAAUCUCAGGUGUCACUGGUGGAAAUUAA